AUGAGCGAUAUAGAAGAAGACAGUGAGAUCUCCUUUGCAGUAAAAUUCCUGGGUCGCCUUGAAGUUGUUCGGCCAGAUGGCACAGAGAUUCUAAAAGAAGCGACAGCUGCCUUGGAGAAUCCUGAUAAGGACGUCAGUGAAAAGGGGAAAACAAAGAAGAGUAAAGUACACCUCUUCCUGUCAAGAGGAGGGAUAGACAUCCUGGAACACAAAACAAAGUUUAUGUUAUAUUCAUGUCCCAUCUCCACUGUGUCCUCCUGCGCUGUUCACCCAGCUCGACCCAAAAUCUUGGGAUUUGUGGCCAAGCAACUGGCUACAGAUAUGUACCAUUGCUACGUCUUUCAGAGCAAGAAGUUUUCUCAAAUACUCGUGUCCUUAAUAGGAGAUGCUUUCCAGGCUAGCAGGCAGAUUGAAAACGUGAGAGGCGGCCGUGACCUGGUUGUGGAGGCUUUACGACACAAGAAUAAAGUGCUUCAGAGAGAGAAUGCAGAGCUAAAGAGGAGACUUCAAGAGAGAGGAGAUGGCAGCAUAGACAGACCCCAGCAUAUCUAUGAGAACUCAUCUGACUUUGACAGUAACAAUCCUCUCGCUGUCUCAGAGAGGUCAAAUUUACAGGGUAUGGAUUAA